GACUGAACUUUACGACUGAUGCGUUACCGGGAAGGAAUUAAUGUAGUGAAACAGUCACUUUCAUCCGUCGUCUACAUGCAAGGAGAUAAAACUGUUCGAAAGUGUAAAAUAUCACUUGGAUUUACAUAUUUGUAGACAGAAUAUAAAAUAGCCAUAAUCUUAGGCAAUAUAGUGGGUUGACUUAACGAAUAUUUAGUGAGUAACAAUGGGCGGUGUAACUAUAAUUUAUGGACGACCUUUUAGCAACGCUCGAGUGACUUUGGGAGUGUCCACUUGACAACUAUGACUAAAUGAGGGUUAUAAACCAGUAUGCGGAGUUAGAAUUAUGAUUUACAGUUGAUGAUUAGGUUUAUGGAUUAGAUCUAGGGUUUUUAUAAUGAACUGACCUCCGCUAUAAUGCAAAAACUCUAUUUAGCCAAAUAGAUGACUGAGUUUUGCUAUGAAACCCGGGGCAUGCUAUAAAUUAAAGUCGCCGCGGUUGAUAGGCUAUUUGAUCACUUUGCUAUAGAUUAUUUCGACACCAAGAUGAAUUUUUCGGUGUUUCUACUUUGUUGAUGUGGAAUUACUUUCUUUGCGACAUUGGUGACAUAAGCAUAGGGCUCUUAUGCUUGACUAAUGGGUGAUACUUGAUUUAGCCUUUCUUGUUUGCAGACAACACAAAGGUUUGGGUGAUAUUAGAUAGUAAUGCUAGUUAUCUUGCUCUCUAGACUGAUAUAGAUGAGUAACCCUGUUUUUACUAAAGGUGGUGUUUGGAGACCAGUUCCAAAUAGGAUGAAGCGCGCGUUUUGUGUUCCACGGUUAGCCGCUGUCCAAGUCUGCUUAUAUUGCUUGUGACUGUAUGGCAGUAUUGGGUAGUUUGCGAACGAGGCACAUAUGCCAAAGGAGAUUGUUUAUUUGCAGUCCUUAUCAUCAGUCUGAGGAUCCGAACAACCAAUACAAAUGAAUUAAAAUUCGUCCCAGUGACUAAUCGGACUUAGUAGCUUAGCGGAUAACGCAAUAACAGGCGGCACUAGGUUCUUCUGGAUAUAACAUCAACUCUGUAAUGCAAGUAUAACCAGCUAACGAGUCCUAAAUAGUAUGCAUCGCGCGUCCUGAAUUCCGUUGCCAGCCACCAUUUAACUCUGAUGAUAACGUAAGUUACUUAUCAACCAGAUUUAUAAAAUAGGCUCUAAAUUGAACUGUUUAUUUAAAUACUAUUGAUAUUACCUGACUUCCCGAAAAAAAUAAGAUGAACCAAGGUUCUUACCUGCAAUUUUUAUUAUUUGAGAGUCAAGUAAUCCAAACAUAUAUCUGCUGCUCAAAGACUGAUUGUGAUACAUUAAUUCGUGCAUACGUAGACUGCUACACAAGUUAGUACUAGGAAUCACGUAUUUAAUUAUCCGUUUUUACAUAUUCAUAUGUUAAAUUCAUUAUAUUUCGCUUCUAUCGCGUUUCCUACCAUCAUCAACUGUGUUGACUUUGUUUACCAAACAUUACUUGCUUUUUAUUACAGGGUCUGUGUUUCCUUGUCAAUCAUUGUCGUCAGUCGUUAAACCUUAUAUUAAUUUAAAUCGUGAAUAGCACUUUUCUGACACUUCAUAAUGACGGUCUUGGGUGAAGAGUGGUUUGCUGUUGGAGAUAUUUAUUUUAGAAAGCUUCAUCUUUACGAUAUGCCGUGGGGUAUGGGAUUUUCAAUAUCACAAUUCAAGACAUCGAUUUGUCAGUAUUCUGGUUAUAUCGGUAGGGAUAUUUUUACCAGUAGUUUAAGUUCACUUAGCAAUGUAUUUGGAUGGCCAAGCGGGAGCAAAACCAAUACUUCAAAUAUAUACAUCAUCAGGCAAACUCGUUUCCCAAAGUGUUUGGAAAGAUGCACCUGGUAUAUUGCUUGGUUGGACUUCGUCAGAGGAUUUAUUAGUUAUCCAAAAAACAGGAUUCACUACCAUAUUAGAUCAUCAGGGCAAGUUUGUUCGACGUUUUAGUAUGGGACCUGAAGCUGAAGAAAGAGAAAUAAUUAGUGCUAAGCUCUUUAACAUUGAUUAUAAUACAGGGAUAGCUGUUCUUACCGGUGGAAACCACAUAUAUGUAACUACCAGUAUCGAAACUCCACGUAUGCGACGCCUUGUAGAAUUACCUGGACCAGUAAAGUCUUUGUCACUUUGGACUAUUGUUACAACACCUCUUGAAACUGGAACACCUGAUUCUUUUCGAAGCCCAUGGGUGAUGUUUUCAAACAAAAAGAAUUUGUACCGAGCUGACUUUGGAACAGUUGAAGGUAUUGAUUUGUCAAAGCUUACUAGGUCAACUGGUUCUGAUAUUUACCUAUUGUCUAUAUCUUUGAAUAUGCAAUUUGUUGCAAUUUAUUUAAACAAUGGUGAAUUGUUAAUUACCAAUACACGAUUUACUGAAUUACAUUCACAUAUUGACUUGACCCAACGUAUAUCAGUUAUGUUGAUGAAUAAUAAUAAUUCAACUAAUCAAAAAUUCAAUCAUCCUAAAACGAUGCUUUGGUUAACUAAUUCAGCUGUUGUGCUUCAAUGGAAUAAUUUAAUUGCUAUUAUAAGUACACAGUCAGAUAUUUAUGAAACAUUUUAUGCUGAUGAUAUAUUCUUAGCACAAGAGAUUGAUGGAAUUCGCAUUCUAUCACCUACAUCACACGAAUUAUUACAACGUGUACCAUCCCCAUUAGAAUCACUUGGACGUAUUGGAGCAUCGUGUCCAGCCACAUGGUUAUUGUCUGCAAGUAAGAGUUUAAAAAUCAAUUGUGGACGUACUAAUGAUUAUUUAUUGCCUAUUAAACAACCUAAUCAAAUGAUUGAUGCAAUAUCACAUUGCAUUGAAGCAGCAUGUCAUGCAACUGUUGAUCCUAUUUGUCAACAAGAACUACUGGAAUCUGCUCAUUUAGGUCGAGGAUUAUUAUCAGCUAUGAUGAAUACUACUCCUAAUGCUACUAUUUCUUCUACCACUGUUACUAACAAUAACAAUACAGAUCAUUAUUCAGUUGAGGCUAAAUUAAAAGAACUCGCGGAUCAUGCUGCAAAAGUUUGUCAAACUUUGCGUUUGUUGAAUAGCUUAGCUGUUCCAUGGUUAGGUAUUGCACUAACGUGGCGUCAGUUUCGUGAAUUAGGACCAAACAAAUUGUUUGAACGUUUAUUGAUACGCCGUCAUUACCCAAUGGCAAUUGAAGUUGUUCGAAUCCAUCAAAAACAUAAAUGGCCAAUAAGCAUUCUAGAAGAAAGUCAAAGCAAUUAUGGGACAUGCACAUUUACUCGUUUACUUGCUCAUUGGGCAUGCAAUAGUUCUAUAACAUCUUCAGGAGCAGCUACAUUGAUAUCAGAACGGGUAGCAGCUAUUGUGGAUAAGUUAUUCAACAAUUCAUCAGAGAGCAAAUCUAAGUCUAGUAAUCAUCAUGCUAACUAUUACAGUACCUCUAUUCCUCAUUUGGAUUUCGCUGAUGUAGCUAGUCAAGCUAUUUCAGCUGGUCGAGAAACAGUCGCGGAGCAAAUAUUAGAAUAUGAGCCACGCGCUUGGCGUCAGGUACCAUUACUUUUAAAAUUAUCUCGUUAUAAUCGUGCAUUAGUUCGAGCAGUAGAGACUGGAAAUCCUGAACUAAUUACGACAGUUGUAGUAGCAUUGCAAGAGCAAAGUAAAUUACCACCAGCAGAUCUCGCAAUGGUACUUCGUCGGCAUCCAAUAGCUCUGGCCAUAUAUCAAGAGACAUUAGAACAAGCUGAUCAUUCUAAAUCUGGUUCUGAAAAUUCAACAAAAGCUGCUCUUUUAAAUUUUGAUCAUGAAAAUGAUCAUGCUUCAGAAGCUAAAAAACUUGUUCUCUCAGCUUAUCAAGAAAAUAGUUUAGCUUCACGAUUGACAUUAUUACAAAAUGCUGAAGAGAUUUAUCGUCAAUCAAAGAAUGAUUUUAUGGCUCAGCAAUGUAACGCACAAGUUCGUCUAUUGAAAUUCCAAAGUAAACUUGAGAAACAAGAAAUAUCUGCUCCUGUAUUCGAAAUUAAAUCCAUACCCGGCUCUAAUCGUAUAUUACCCGAGGUAGUACAGUCUGGUAGUAUAAAUGAGAAGCUUUGGGUUGGUCAGUCGUUAAACACAACACUCAGCCGUUUGUUAGCUUCCGGGCAAUCCGAACGUCAAGCAGAUCAGUUACGCAGAGAAUUUAGAGUUUCAGAAAAACGUUUCGCUUUUCUUCGUGUUGUUGGUAUGGCAAUCAAUAAUGCAUCUUGGUUAGAAAUGGAUAAAAUGAUUCGAGCAAGAAAACCACCGGUUAAUGUUGAGAUAUUAAUCAAAAUUUGUAUCGACGGCAAUCGUAUAGACGAAGCGAUAAAACUAAUUUCUAAACUUCCACCUGAACGAACAGUCCGUUUCUGGGUAAUGACUGGGAGAAUCGAAGAAGCCAUUCAAGUAGCGGUUCGUGAGAAAUCAGAAUAUGAUUUAUUGUAUAUUCAACGUGAAGUUGGAAAAACCAACAAAGAAUUAUAUGAUCGGAUUACUAAUCUACGAGCACAAAUUCAGUGAUGAUUUAUAUUUUAACACAUAAAUAACUGGAAUUUCUCUGAAACGAUGUUAGUUUUAUCUACGUCUAAUUUUUUUUUUGUUGGAAGAACAAACCUAUCUAUUUUUUAUCCUUUAUGAUUUACUUCAUCAAACUUGUAAAUACCGACUUGUGAUCGAUUGAUUUUUUCUAUUGAACUUCUUUCUUCUAUUGUACACACAUUGACUGAUUGUGCCAUUUUUUUGCUGAAUGGUUAAACUUCCCAUAAUCCUCAUAUGAACACUUGAUUUUGUAAACAAAAUACUACUGUUACAACAACAUU